AUGGACACGAGUGCGCACGAGGAGGCAGAGAUUGAACAGCCCAGCAACAUCGACGAUCUAGCACUUGAGAAGGUCGCCAGCGAAGCCUGGAAAACUUUCACGAGGACCCGCUUCGAUCCGCAUGCAGGCUCCGCCACACCGCGUCGUGGGGGUGAUGCAGUGAAACAGGCCGACCUUGAGCUUUCUGUACUGGCGAAGGUCGUCGGCUACGGGAGGCGGCAGCGCAAUAGGGCCGUUGGUGCCUGUUCGCUACCGGCCGAGAUACUUGCGCAUAUUUUCUUGUUUGCACAGGAGGGAUGGAGCCCAUCGGGUGUAGCCAUCGACAAAGGCGGUGAGACCAUGGUGGGCAACAAAAGAACGACCGUUGUGAGGAUCAGUAGAAGGUAUUCUCCAGGCUGGAUGAUACUACUCCAUACGUGCAGCUUCUGGCGUCAGGUUGCACUCGACAACCCCGCGCUUUGGACUACUGUGCAUUGUCUUGCCAUAGAUCCCCGAUCUAUCUCUACCAUACUCUCUCGCUCAAAAUAUCUACCACUAUAUCUUGCUGUGGAUGGGCGCUCCCACCUCUUGAACAACGCGAAGACACCAAUCAGCACGCGAGGCUGGCUUUCACUGUCCGUCUUUCGACGCAUAGCAAGCCUGACUAUCACCUCUGUUCCGAACUUUCGUCUCCUGGAGUGGCUCAAGAUGUUGAGCUCACCCAUCCCACUCCUAGACAGCCUCGAUAUCUGUGGCCGGCCACCACAAUCACAAGCCGUCAUCGGCACCACGCACUACGCACGGGCCUCACUUCCCCAUGACAUCGAUACUCCCAAGUUAAGGCGCUUAAAGCUCGUUGAUGUCGGAUUCCCUUGGACCCCUGCACUGUUCCGGAGCACGAUUGCGUCACUCACGCUCAGGUUCGACACGAGCGAACGCCGUGAUCAGGCCAUUACCAAGUCUACGCCCACUGCUGAGCAGUUCUGCCAGAUCAUAUCGUCUUUGACCAGCCUCGAGGACCUAGAGCUACACUCAGUAUUCCCUGCGAUACCGCCCGAGGGUGCACAGGCAUACACCAUAACGUUCCCGUCAUGCUUCACGCGCCUGACUUUACGCAGCGAGAAUGAAUCCUUGGACGCAUGCAUAGACCUUAUGAAGCAUAUGACAUUCCCAACGCGCGCCGAGGUCGUCAUUAAAUUGUGCGCGCUGCCAGAUGGCGCGAAUCUGCAGGAUGAAACUCUAGCCCUCAUCCCGCGACUUUUUGGGUCUGUCGAUGAAGCUUGCCCAACUGAGCUCUGGCUCAGUAAACACGCCAUCUGCCUGCAAUACGUCGACCGGCCGCAGCAGGGUGUGCUAACUGGGUCACGCCCCGGAUCCAACAUGGAGUGGUCUGGAUUCAAGAUGGCCGCGGGCGGGCGAGGGCUCUACUCGGAGCAAGGUCAUGAGAACAUUGAGGAUCUUCCCCCCAUCAUCUCCUACACCCCCUUCUUACCCUUGCGGACUUUGCAAACCGUCAUCUGCACGCCCGGUGCCGCUUCCUUCGUCGCUGAUCCCACGAGCACCUGGAUCUCUUGGUUUGAGUCCGCCAAGAACGUCGAGAAUCUGGCGAUAUACCGCGAACGCGCGCUUCACAUGCUCGAGGCUCUGGGGCAUAGGAACGGCGACGGGCAAUUCCUUCUAUUCCCGUCGCUAUGCACGCUUACCCUACACUCGUUGAGCCCACCCCCAGAGACCACCUGUUGGGGGGACUCCGAAGAGGAGGAACUGCGUGUCGCAGUCGAGGUUGCGCUCCUGGAGAUGUUGCAAGUUAGGUGGGAGAAUGGUUCACCGGUGAAGAAACUAUCAUGUAAAGCCCAUAUGGAGAUUUCUGUGGGAGAGGAGGUAUGGAAUAGGCUAAGAGCGUUGACCGAUGUAGAGUUCUUCCCGUAG